GCCGCGCCACAAAAGGGCUGCGCGCGUGCCCCUCGUGCCUCGUACACCGCCGCGCCACAAAAGGGCUGCGCCGCGCGCCCCUCGUGCGCCGCCGGGCCACAAAAGCAAGUUGACAAAAGGACACGAUGCCGCGCCGCCGCCAGAAGAAGGAGGGCAGCCCCGCGUCGCCGCCGCGCGGGCGGAGCCAGGCCCGCACCCCGGACUCGAGCCCGCGGCGCCGCGGCGCCGCCCCGAGCCCCAAGACGCGCGCGCUCGCGUUCCUCGCCACGCCGCCGCCGGUUUCAAUGCCGCCUCGACCAGCUCUAGCAUUGGCCUACGAGGACGCGGCGGCGCGCGAACUCGCCCUCGACGUGGCCUACGAGUCCGACGAAACGAGCGAGGACCCGCGUUUAUUGCCAGCAAUAGCCACAGAAAUUGAAGCGUAUGACGACCCAAAACAAAUUUCGCCGGGCUACAGCACGUCGGAGGGCGAGGACGAAGCUUGUAGGCUGGGUUGCGGCGACCUGUCGCCUUAUUCCACAUCAGAGGACGAGGACCACGCGGCGCCCUUGCGGGGACGCGGCCCCCUGCCGUCCUACCGGCCUUCCAAACUGACGCGGCGGUCGAAGGCGCUAGGCGCUCGAAGACGCGGCAAGACGGUCGCCUUCGCGUCCGAGCCCCUCUCCGUGGCGAUCCUGACGCCCGUGUCCGCGGUCAAGCCCCAGCGCGUCGCGUUCUCGCCCGUGGCGCCGGCCGAGGUCCUCGAGCUCUCUUCCGUAGAGGUGCUGCCGCCGCGGCGGUGGCGUCGCGGGCCUCUGUUUGUCUUGGCGGUCGUGCUCGGUGCGCUCUUCGCUAACGGCCUCAAGACGACGACGCCGGCCACGGUGAGCACAAUGGUCCGGCCGCGACCGACACCACUUACGCGUUCACUUACGACGCCUCUCCGUCCCGCGGCAACGCGGCUCGCGCGGGUCCCGGUGGCGACGCCUUUUCCGGAGCCGGCGGCGGACGCUGUGCCCCUCGUCGUGCUGGCCGCGGCGACGGGCGCCGUCGCGGCGACGGGCGCGCCGCCCGCGGUCCGGCUCGUGGCCGCGGCGGCGCCGCGGGCUGCCCGCGUUUUGGUGACUGCGCUUCGUUGAUUAUCCCCUGCGUACUUGGUAAGUCCUGAUUGUCCACCUAGCACACGGGUUUCACCCAGCGGACAAUGUACCAGUAUGAGGGGGUAUUGCCCCGGGGCGCGGCUUCCAAGGGCUCCCGCGUUAAGGAAAUUCGGGCUAGCGGCCUGUAAGGCACUAGGGAUGCCAAGCAAAUCGAAAGUGAUCGAUAAACGCAGCCCGUGAAUCACGUUUGGGUGGAUAGAGAUCGGCGUGCAUCCGUUCGCUGCGUGCACCGCUCAAAUCUAACAGCUCCCGCGUGCAGCAGUGCGUUGACCGCUCAAGGCUACGAGCUCGACACGCCGCGUGCAGCAAUAAACAGCGCGAAGCA